CAUCUUUGAUUUUACUGCAUUUGUAUUGAUGCUUCCAUCGCUUUUACGUUUCCUACCCCGGUUUGGACGAUGGAAGCCCCUAAGCUUUUCCAAUUCGAACUUUCCCCGGAUACCACUGGCUCAAAAAAUCGAAGAGGAGACGAUCCCAGGUUACGUCGCCGCGCGGUACUAUCCCGUUCGCAUUGGGGAGGUCUUCAAUGAGAGAUACCAAGUUUGUUGGUAAACUCGGAUACGGAGCAACUUCGACGGUGUGGCUUGCGCGGGACAUGAACCGCUGUAAUUAUGUUACCCUCAAGAUAUUCAUUACAUCUACAUCCAUGGGCCAGCAAUUGGAUGGCGAGCUCAAUAUGUACAAACGUCUGGAGCGAGGCUCGAAAUCUCAUCCUGGCCACAAAGCUGUGCGGAUGCUUCUUGACUCUUUUGAUGUUAAUGGGCCCACGGAUAAACACAGAUGCCUCGUACAUCCUCCCCUAUGGGAGAGCUUGACCUUUCUUCGCCACAAUCCAAUUCACAGACUACCCGUUCCAAUCAUGGCAACCAUACUAAAGUAUCUCCUUCUAGCACUGGACUAUUUGCAUUCCGAAUGCAAGAUUAUCCAUGGUGACAUCUAUGUGGAAUCAAAGAUAACAAUGCAGAGAGCCAUCAGAUCUUGUCCUGGAAGGAUUCCAAGCAGUUUAUAACUGCAAGGUUUGCUUCCAUCACUAUCUCCCAGAUUCAUCCUGCUGGGAGCAUUGGCCUUUGCAUAUGUCCCAGUUGCCGCCGACAUGGCCAAUCACUAGAUCACUCUGACCUAUCUAUGUUUAGAAGUCAGGAUGGUUGAUUGUCAAGGUAGGUUUUGUUUUGUGAUAGUGUGUUGCCAGCAGCCAAAUGGCCGGCGGCUACCUUCGCGAGCGUCACAUCUUGGGUUUCAUACUCCGUAGUGUGGAGAGGAAAAAAGGCCCUAGUGCGGGCAGCUACAUCAUGGCACUGAGGAAGUGAUGGUGGUUGGAACUCAUCCGUAAUCCAACCAACUGGUGUCCGAAAGCUGUUUAUGGAACAGUGCUCCCUCGGUACUAGUACUUGGUGGUCCUAGUCCUAUCCCUUCAUCAGAUCUGUCACGAGAUGUUAUAAAGGGUGGGGGGAAUGGCUUGUGUGGGGAGAUAUCAAAGACGCUAUUGUUACGACUUUCACGACCAAGGAUCUGGAAGCUAUCAUAUCAAAAGAUCCCGAGAUAGCUCGACGUGUCCAAACUACCGAUCAAAUCCUUGGACGCCUGUUCUGGAACUUGAGGGUCCCUGGCACCUACGCCUCCAAACUUGCGGUUGACUUUGCUCAGUGCUGGAACUUCCU